AUGGCCGAUGCGACUACACCAGCGGAGACUCCCGCGGAGAUUCCCGCAAAGGAGAGCCCACGUGUGGUUGACAAGCUGAAGGACUUCUUCACUUACUUCUCGAUUUACUUCCGGACAAACCCAUCGAAUUUUGACCUCCUACUGCUCGUCGGUGGAGUCGUGUGCGCCAUUGCGUCUGGUAUCCCCUUUCCGCUUCUGGGUAUUAUAUUCGGUCAACUUAUCGACAAUUUCAACUCGGAGAGUUGCGCCGCAACUGAAACUCUCAAUGCCGCAACUCAAGCCUCUUACCAGGCCGAGGUCAAUAGUAAAAUCCUCUAUGUCUUGUACCUCGCCAUCGCCCAGUUUGGCUUCAUGUAUAUCCAUCUCGUCUGCUGGUCGAUGGGCGGUGCCCGACUCGCUCAACGAUUGCGCGAACUUUAUUUCCAGAAUCUCUUGCGCCAGGAGCCCUCAUUCUUUGAUAACCUCCCAUCCGGCGAGGUGUCUUCCCGAUUGAACAGUGAUAUCCAAACCAUUCGCUCCGGUACCUCGGAGAAGGUUGGCAUCUGCAUCUCCAGUGUUUCUUUCUUCGUCACGGCCUAUGUGGUCGCAUUUAUCAAAGACACGAAGCUGGCGGGGAUUUUGGUUUCGCUACUGCCCGCCUACUUCCUCAUGUCCAUCGGAGGCGGUUGGUUCAUCGAAAAAUAUUCCAGCCGAGUAUCCGAUUGCUUCGCAGCCUCUUCCUCCAUCGCAUCGGAGGGCCUGUCGAAUGUAGCAGUUGUGCACGCAUUCAAUGCGAACGAAAGACUCGAGGCGAAAUUUACCACCCAUCUGCGCACUGCCAGAGACGAAGGCAUGAAGAAGGCCCUUGCAACCGGUAUCCAGGCUGGAUUGAUGUACUUCAUCGCUUACUCCGCCAACGCCCUGGCUUUCUGGCAAGGAAGUCGCACUAUCGCCAACUCUGUCGCUAAUUCGAGCUCCAAUGGCGGCGGCGGUGCCUCUGUUGGAUCCAUCUUCACUGUGAUUUUCUUGCUCGUGGACGCUACCCUGAUUCUCAGCCAGGUGGCUCCGUUCUUGCAGAUCUUUGGCGCUGCAUCUGCGGCUUUCAGCAAGUUGAAGCGGGAUAUGGAUCACAAGUCUCUUAUUGAUGGUACCUCUACCGAAGGUCUUGAUGUUCCUUCUGCCACCCCUGGUCAUUUUGAGCUGCGCAAUGUGUCUUUCACAUACCCCUCUCGCCCUGAACGACAGGUACUUCGCAAUGUUUCUCUGGAAUGUCCUGCCGGCAAGCAGACUGCCAUCAUCGGUCUGUCUGGUAGUGGUAAAUCUACCAUCGCCAGCUUGAUGCUCCGACUAUAUGACCCGUUGGAAGGCUCACUCCUGCUGGAUGGCCAGGAAAUCCGAGGUCUGAACACGCGCCAGCUACGUAGCUGUAUCGGCAUGGUCCAACAGGAGGCAACCCUGCUCGACCGUUCCAUCCUGGAAAACAUCGCACACGGUCUCGUUAACUCUGCAAAGCACGAACACCUUAGUAACGCUCUGAUGGGUGCUUCGCUCGCUGAAGUGGCUGCUGCUAUUCGAGGCGGACAAGAUGCCACUGAGGCGGCUCAAGGCUAUGGAGCAGACGUGGUGGAGAUUAUCGGCAUGAUCCAGCACGCUGCAACCCUCGCCGAUGCUGCGCGAUUCAUUGGGAACUUAUCGGAGGGCCUGGGAACGAUCGUCGGAUCGAACGGUACCUUGCUGAGUGGUGGUCAGAAGCAGCGUAUUGCUGUUGCUCGUGCACUUGUUAAAGACCCCAAGAUCUUGAUUUUGGACGAGGCCACCGCUUCCCUUGAUUCGAAGAGUGAGAAGGAGAUUCUCGCGGCUGUAGAACGCUGCUCCGAGGGCCGGACUAUGAUCUCUAUUGCGCAUAGACUCUCGACUAUCCAGAAAGCUCACAAGAUCAUUGUCAUGCGCGAUGGUGUUGUCGUUGAGAAAGGUAACCACGGCGAACUCAUGGAGAAGCAAGGGGCUUAUGCGGGCCUUGUCGGCCUACAGAAUCUCAACACACAACCUUCGGACAAGUCAGUUGAUGCCCAGUCAGGCGAUAUUACGGAAACAGAGCAAUCUGGCGACGAUGCGGAAUCAAUCAAGUCGUUGAGCAAGGGCAAGGAGCAAAUCUCCAUCGAUGCAACUGAGAAAGCUGAUGACUCCUCCCCGCCUACAUCUUCAGGCGAUGAGUCCGCAAAGCCCCGGAAGAAAUCUGUCUGGCACUUGAUGAAGGGUGUUUAUCCCAUCAUGCGUCCCUACGUUCUCAUCGCCCUGCUGGCUCUCCUAGGUGCCAGUAUCGUUGGUGCGGCCUUCUCAAUCGAAGCUGUGAUCUUCGGUAAUACCGUUGGCAGUCUGACACCUUGUAAAUCACCCGAGUAUAUCCGCUCGCGUGGUGAAUUCUUCGGGUUGAUGUUCUUCAUCUUGGCCAUCGUUGAGUUCUUUGCCAAUAUUGUUAGCUGGGUUGGAUUCGGUUGGGUAUCGGAGAAGUCCAUCUAUAACAUCCGCAUUCUGCUCUUCCGCUCUCUUUUCGAGCAGGACUUGCAAUGGCAUCAAUCGGAGUCUCGCACACCAACUGGAUUACUUGGAUACAUUACAAAUGAUGGUAGUUUGAUUGCUGGUCUUAGCGGAUCUGUGAUUGGCACUAUCUUCUCCAUCUGUAUCAACCUCGUCAUUGCCAUCGUCAUGACUCUCUGCAUUGCGUGGAAGAUGGCUCUCGUCUGUAUUGCCGUUGUACCUCUACUUCUAGGAGUUGGAUUGAUGGAACUGAAUGUCCUAGCCAAAUUCGAAGAGAAGCACGAGAACGCAUUCAACAAAUCCGUCAGCAUCAGCGUUGAGGCAAUCAAUUCGAUCAAAACAGUCGCCGCCUUGUCCCUCGAGAACGAGACAUUGGCCGUCUUCCGCCGCACACUAUCUGGACCACGUCGUGAAACAACCCAGAUCAGUCUAUGGGCAAAUUUAUGGCUCGGCCUGGCCUUCUUCAUCGGUAACCUGUCCUACGCUCUCGCUUUCUGGUGGGGAUCAAAGCAGAUCUUCAACGGCACCUACAGCGAAACCCAAUUCAUCAUCGUCAUGUUCGCUCUCCUGGUCAGCGCCCAACUCUGGAGUCAAAUGUUUGCCCUCGCACCCGAGGUAUCCAACGCCCGCGCCGCCGUGGCCAGAGUCCUAGAAAUUCUAGAGCUCGGUCAAUCAGGCCUGGCGUCUAAGGUCAAAGCCCUGCCCGAACCAUCCACCACACCCUCAUCAUCCGAGAAGGACAUCGAGUCAACCGGCGAAACGAAGUCCUUCUCGCCAAAUGCGCAGGGAGGCGUCGACGUCGAACUCCGCGACGUGAAAUUCUCAUAUCCCGCCCGCGCGCACGCCCCGGUCCUCCGCGGCCUAAACGUUCACGUCAAACCAGGCCAAUUCUGCGCCCUCGUCGGUCCCUCCGGCGCAGGAAAGUCAACCAUCAUCUCGCUCGUGGAAAGAAUGUACCUCCCCAGCUCAGGCGCCAUCCUCGUCGACGGAACGGACAUCACGCAACGAAGCGACAUCACCUUCCGUGACGAAAUCGCCCUCGUCCCGCAAGAAGGGACCCUAUUCGAGGGCAGUGUGCGAUUCAACAUGUCCCUCGGCGCCCGACCCGGCACCGAAGUCUCAGAAGAAGAGAUCGUCCAAGCGUGCAAAUUGGCCAAUAUCCAUGACACGAUUAUGAGUUUGCCGGACGGAUAUGAGACUGAGUGCGGUGCCAAUGGUAGCAAGUUGUCUGGUGGACAGAAGCAACGGUUGGCGAUUGCGAGAGCCCUGGUUCGCAAACCACGACUGCUUAUCCUGGACGAACCGACCAGUGCGCUGGAUGCGGAGUCUGAGAAACUUCUGCAAGAGGGACUGGAGGUUGCGUCGCGGGGGAUCAGUGUGUUGGCGAUUGCGCACCGUCUUAAUACUAUUCGCAAGGCUGAUAAGAUCUAUAUGAUCGAGGCUGGUGUUUGUGUUGAUUCGGGCACGCAUGAGGAGCUGUUUGCGCGGUCUGAGAAUUAUCGGAGUAACGUGCUCAGCCAGACAUUCGAGGGUUGA